CCUCAUUGUUAGUUUAAACUCAUGGGUUAAAAGGAAUGUUUAAAAAAUUAGUGUAUCAAGAACUAUAUACAUACAGUGACGGUACAAACACAUCGUCCCUGCGAUUAAUGGAUGUUUUGAGAACAAUCCUUCGUGAUGUGUCAGACAAAAUCUGAAACGUUGGAUGGAGAUCUUGGAUCGAUAUGGAACACAUUAUCCUGAAGAUUCUACUGUCGCUUCUAUGUGCAACUUCACGUUUUACCGCAGGACAACUGAUACGAGACAAAAGAUGCUUCUUGGAGAACGGCGCCACCGCUGCUCAUCUCUUUGUCAGCGAGGAUCUAGAGGUUGGAGGUCUCGUUGGUAUACUUGGAGUACUGGGAGAUCCUGGACCUCAGGGCGAUAUCGAUCUCAGACUUCAGGAACGGGAUAGUCCUGUUACGUUUUCACAAAAUUCAAGAAAUCUCACGCUCACCAGACCUCUGGACAAGGAGGGUGUCGACGGACCAGCCAGUGUAUACGUGAACGUCAUCUGUGAGAGGAAACGCACCCUGGAUCCUGGAUUUGUCAUUCCUGUAAAUAUUCGUGUAACCGACGCCAAUGACAAUGCACCACAAUUCGUCAAUGCACCUUACGUGCUCAAUAUUUCUGAGGUCACCGUUUUGGGAACCAGAGUUCUGCAAGGGGUCAGGGCAGUAGAUGCUGAUCAGCCUGGACCUUAUUCCACAGUACAGUAUUCAGUCCUUCCUGGACCACAUUCGGAUUACUUUGUAUUCGUAAACGCCUUGGAAGGUACCCUAGUAUUAAGGAAACCACUGGACUACGAGACGCUGAGUAAUUUCUCUGUUGGAAUUCGUGCUCAGGAUCAAGGUAGUCCACCACAAUCUUCGGAAACGACUCUCUUUGUAAAUGUAAUAGAUGCCGAUGAUCAGAAUCCGGCAUUUUUAAACGAUCAGUACAGAGUCGUUAUUCCUCAUCGUGUAAAAACCAGAUCCAUAUUGCGUGUUGAUCCAGAGCCAAUAAAGGCCGUGGAUCAGGAUCUUGGAAUAAACGCUCCUGUACGUUAUUCAGUUCAAGGAGGAGUUCUACCUUUUCUUAUACUAAAUCCUGAAACGGCUGAUAUCAUCGUAUCGCGUCCCUUACAGGAUCAUGAACUCAUUUCUUCAGCGACCCUAGUUAUUAAGGCAACCCAAAUAGACAAUCCGGACAGGUAUGCCCUUACCACAGUGGAAGUGUCCCGUGAAGGAAGUCUAGGAGUUACACCUACCGCAGGUGGUCGAUUACCUGUACGAUUUGUACUAAAGGAUUACCAAGCAAGCGUUCCCGAAAAUACACCACCUGGAAGCGUUAUACUGACAGCCGGUGUUAAUAAAAUAGAUUCUAACUUAAGGUUUUGGCUUGUCGGUGCCGCCGAGGACCUGGAAAGAUUCUCAAUAACCAGUUCCGGUGAAUUAAUAUUGAAAGGUGCAUUGGAUUAUGAGAGACGGAUUCAGCAUAGCUUUUUGGUUCACGUCACCGAUGGGACGCAUAAUGACACGUCGAGAGUGAAUGUAUCGGUAGAGGAUGUCAACGAAUGGGAACCAAGGUUUCGACAUCCUAGAUAUGAAUUUCAUGCAAGAACCUUAAGAGAGGGAUCAAUAGUUGGCAGAUUGGAAGCUGCGGAUGGGGAUAGAGGAGAUAGAGUUUCUUUAUCGCUGAGAGGUCCUGAUGCAAGAUCGUUUGAGAUUCGUGAUAAUGGCGAACUGAUCUUAAGGUCAUCUGGACCAUUCAAUGGUACCAUAGCCAGAGUAGUAGCUAUUGCUUCAGAUACUGGUCGGCCACCACGAUCUAGUAUGGUGCCAGUAAUAGUACACGUGCCAAAUUCAGGCUCACUGCCAAUAGCCGCCAGGGCGGCUCCAGCCUGGCUUGGAAGUAGUGUACUUUUAGUGGCUGUAUUUGGAGCUGUAUUGGGACUCCUCGGAGUGGUGAUACUCGUACUGAUCCUCUAUAUAUAUAAACAUAAGAGACCUAAGAGCAGCGGAUCUGUAAGUUCCGUGGGUACCGGGUACAGAGAAAAAUCACCAGUUCCUUCAGCUCUGAGUCCCACGCCUCAGGUUCUGGGAGCUAGUGCACUUCAGGAUGUCCUGGAGUCAAGCAGAGAACGUGAUCCUGGUACCAGUGAUAUUGGCAAUCCUGUAUUCGGAGAGGACAACGAGAGCAGCUAUAAUGCUACUAUUAAAAGUGUCAUAUCUGCCAGACAGAUGCCUUUGUACUCAAGGCACAAGGUAGCACCAGCACCAAAUCCACCAGCUCUGGCUGCUACAUCGAAUAUUCCAAACGUAGGAGGACUAGUGCAGAAUAUGAAUGAUCUUAGUGCUCGUACAAAUCUUGAUAUGGGAUCUCAGAAUUCCUCGAAUUAUUCCGGAGAACCGCCAGACUCUUUGGUACCCACGUGGCCGGUCGGUUCCAUGUCUAGACGCGUUAAAAAGUUAUCCUGGGACGACGAUGACAGGACUGUGGACAGCGUGGAAGUUGCUGCGGAAGCUCGAGCAGGAACAAGUCAAACCGGAAACGAGCAGCUUAAUCUCACUGUAUAUUUCUGAAUUCAAAAGACUUGGUCCAAUCUCGCGCCAAGUACCGGCAACCGGUGAUACAGGCGAGUGGAGGACCGAAACUAUUUAUCUGAAUCGAAGAGAACCUGGGAUUUUUUAAAAAGGAAAAUUCUCCAUGACAAAUGAGAGACAGUUGAUAUUACAUAUAAUGAUAAUUGUUUAAGCAAAUAAAUUAUAUCGUUAUACGGUAUCUUACGUGUUGCAGUAUUUACAGUCUGCCUUGCUGUUACGAAGUCUUGUAAUAGUUUUACAAAAUUUAGGUCACCUAGUCAAGUAUGCUCGAUGAACUGUUUGGUGUCAUUAAGAAAAAAUGUAGUUAACGCAACGAACCCAGUUUAUCUAAACAAGCUUAAACAAUUUCAUUGAAAAAGAAAAUAGUGAACUCUGUAUGUUAAUAGCUUGGUAGCAUGAAUGAAACGACCUGUAUUUCAGAAAAGGAUGACCCCUUAGUAGAAUUUGCUUUAAUUUAAGGAAAGAUUAAACUUUCCUGGAUACGAGGAAGAUAAUGAGGCAUCCUUGUGAGUCUAUCUACCGCAAGUUUUAUUCAAAGAACACACAAUAUGUUUUAUGUGCAAAUCAGGUCAGUAGGUUAAUCGUAACAGCUUCCUACAUUGAAGGAAUUAUAUUAAUCGAUACCAAUAGGUUGUAUUGAUCGGCCAAUCAAGGAGGCUAACAAGAUGGAUAUAGAAUAACAAAGGAAAAAGUUAAUUGGAUGUAACUAAAGGCGCUAGGAACUACGUUUAAGGAAUAUGAUCCAAAUGGAUUCUGAUAGGCAAGCCUGUAGGUGAUAAGAAGAUCUUAGGAUUCAUAAGAAGACCAAUUUUAUUUUGCUAAACUGGACCGUGAAAAGAAGCGUGCAAAAUUGCUUGCCAUGUAUUACGUUACUGUAUUUUACAGUACAAGGAUUGUAUAUUUCUGAUUGAUAAUAAUGGAGACUAUUUUAGGCGUACAAUUGUACUUAAAUAAUGUAAAUACUUUGUAAGUAGGUGGAAAUUGUAAAUUUUUAAGAUCUGCAAAUUGCACAUUCGAAAAAUACAAUUUCUUGUAAUAUUUGGCAGAAAAGGAUAUCCUCUUUCGAAAGAAUCUAUUUUGCGUAACGUUACUGUGAUUUACUAAAUUCGUAGAAUCGAUUGAUAAUUCUGAUCGCGUAAUGUACUUGAGCUAAUUACAAGGAACUGCGUAAUCUACUAUUGUUUUGUUAUCGAAUCAAUAGAAUUUAUAUUAAAUCCAUUACGACGUUUUUCUUAAUCAAUAUUUAUGUAGUGGAGAAGCCGUUUGUAUGCGAAUCGUCCCAUUCAAAAGUUUACACUAUAGAGUCUUUGGUUAAUUUGUUUGGUUAAAUACUUUACUUUUACGGAGAAAAAUAUAGCUUUUAGCAUACGAAUAGAGUAUCAGUAGAAGGAAACAGUAUAAUGGCAAGAAUAAAAUAUGUCAAAAUUAGUGAAGUAUCUGUGGCGGCACUUUGGAUACCUACGUGCUCGUGAAAGAAAGUGACUCGUCUCAAGGUGGGGAGAAAGUGACCCAGAGAAGACCGCAGCUACUUGGGAUCAUCGACAGUUAUCUUAGUCUUCUGGUACACGUCGAAGCCAACUACGUCUUCCGCGAGAAGGAAUAUUUUAGUGUGAGAUAAAGAAAAGAAAUAGGAAGAACGUUGAUCACUGGUGCUUUUUUAAAUUGAACGUGAGUUUAUGGGACUUUUAUACAUAUUAAUUUCCAAUGAUGCCAUCUAUGGUAUUGAGAUAAAUUGAAAAUAAUUGUUUGACGUAAUUAAGUUGAAAUAUUUUUAUUUAAAUAAAUUUCACAAAAUGUAUUAUGGGUUUUGUGCUUUUUCAAUAUGUCUUUGUUUCGCCAAUUUUCAUUACUUAGAACGAGGCUUAUGCGUUUCGACGAAAUGACACUGGUGGAAUUUCCUGGAGAAAGUCGUGAACCAGGAACUCCCCGGAUUCGAAGUUGCACGAGCUGUAGUAUUGUUUCCGAUGCUAAUUUUGGAUUAAUAUGUAACGAUAAUGGGAUUAAUAUUCGUAUGACAAUGCGCGGUCAUGAAAGUUUAUGUAAAUUAAUUGGAAAUGAUGUAACAAUGAAAGCUUUUAUUCUUUUCGAACAA